AGCAUUACUCCGAGAGAAAGGCAUCGACCCCAACCAAGUUACGGGUACUUCAGAGCCUGAGCAUCAACCCAAGAUCACAGAAAGCCGCUCAGAGGGACCUGAAGCACACUGGAUAUUGCCGUUACAAUCAACAAUCUUCAAGCCCCGGCUUCUGCAAGGCCAGGAGGGCACAGAGCUCGUUGACAAAUACACCACACUGAAGCGGGUCUGGAAGACGACUCUGGGAAUGAUUCAAGCGACCAUAAAAUGGCAAAUGAUGAUUUCAGCUACGUUCUGGGCAGGAACACCUCCAAUACUGAAUCUUCUCACCCUCCGGCCGAGCUCAUUCAUCGAUUGUGGCGUAUUUUCACUGAGAAUUGCAAUCCGCUCACGAAACUGGUGCACGUCCCGAGUCUGCAACCUGUGAUAGAGAAAGCAAUCGCCAAUAUCAAGCAUAUCCCAAGCGGCUUCGAAGCGCUUAUGUUCGCCAUAUACAGUUUGGCUGUCCUGUCGCUUACAGAAUACGAAUGCAGAGAAAUCCUAGGAGAGAGUCGAGCGAUCCUGCUUCCCCAUUAUAGAGCUGCGACAAAAACAGCUCUAUCGCGCGCACAAUUCAUGAGCAGCACCAGCAUUGUUGUUCUUCAAGCACUCCUGCUUCAUAUCUUUUCGAUCCGAGAUGACUACGAACCGCGUGCGGUGUGGGUCCUCACGGGUGUCGCGAUCCGUGUUGCAGAAGGUAUGGGCAUGCGUCUCGAUGGCACCUUGCUCGGGUUGUCCCCUUUUGAAACUGAGAUCCGUCGGCGCAUCUGGUGGCAGCUCAGGAUGCACGAUUUCCGCGCGGCAGAGCUAUGCGGCCAGCCCAAGUUUCGAGACUUCAAGCUCGAUGAAACAACGCCCAAGAGGCCGGCCAACGUCAACGACAGCGAGCUGUAUCCAACAAUGCCUCAAGCGGCCGUUGAAUCGACCAGACCCACAGAGAUGAUAUGGUGUGUGUUUCGAACUGAGCUGGCUAGCUUUGCAGCUACCCAGAUAGCCAGAAUGCAGAAACUCGGCAAGACCGGGUACACAUCUGAGGAAUACGCUGCCAUGGAUGACCUGAAGAUCAAGGAUGUUUUCAUCGACGAGCUCGGAGACGUAAUUGAGACGAAAUACUUGCGAUUUUGCGACCCGUCUCAACCACUACAGCUCUUAACUCUAGUUGUCGGUCGGUCUGCAAUGAACCUCAUCCGCUUCAUGGCUCAUCACCCACGCAGAUGGGCCACCUUAGAGCGGGUCCCAGAAUCCGAACAGCAGUUGGUCUGGGACAUUUGUAUUCAGCUCAUGGAGCAAUACGGCAUGAUACAGUCAAGCCCGCAGCUUCGGCGCUUCGCUUGGAAUGUCCCCUACUUCCUCAGUUGGCCAGCUAUCAUCCACGUCCUCGAUACUCUCAAAGCAGAACCCCUGCGCAGAGACGCUGAGAAGGCUUGGCGGCUCAUUGACAACAUGUACGAAACCUAUUCAGAAAUGUUGCUCAACCUCAAGAAACCGAUCUUCGCGGCUGUCGGGGGACUUUGUUUGAAAGCAUUUGGUGCUCGCGAAGUUUCGCUUGCGAAGCAGAAACGGAGCCUCUCGGAUCCGCCAGGAUACAUUACCAAGCUUCGAGAACAACGAGAAGCAGCGAAAGCCAGGAGGAGAUCAGUGAUUACAAGGAGCAAGGGACAAGAGACCUUCCGUGUUGACAAGGGGAAAACACUAGUCACAACGGACACCGACACAGCUUGGCUAGAGACAAAUCCAAGCUCAGUUGCAGAAACACUGGUUGAAGCCCCACGUCAACAGCAGCAAUAUCUUCAAGCGGCAAACCUUGUCCAAGGAAGCACGAGCAAUCGGAGUGCAGACGAUGCUUUCUGGCUCAGCGGCGCUCUCGCCGAUAGUUUUUCUUCUGAUGGCGCGGCAGAUAUGAUGAAUCUAGAUACGGACGCUAUUCUGGCGCAAGACUGUUGGCUUGACGCACACAAUGGUGAAGCGAUGGAUUGGGCACAAUGGGAUGCCUGGCUUGGAAAUCUCGAUCCUGUGCGUCCAAAUAUAAACGCUGGUACAUGAACUGGGUGGGUAUUUCAGAGCCGAUGUCACACUGGCCACGCUUUCUAUAUUAUUUGACUUUUGGUUGACAU